AUGUACUCCGAUAACGGCACGACAUUCGUCGGCGCCGACAAAGAACUAGAUCAGGCGUACCGCGCUGCCAUUACCGAUCCUAACCUUCUCAAUAAAAUCGCAAUUACUAAAGUCGAAUGGAAAUAUAUUCCUCCACACGCUCCUCACUUCGGAGGAUUAUGGGAGGCCGGCGUACGAAGCGUAAAAUACCAUCUCCGCCGCUUAAUCGGAGCUCACACUCUGACAUUUGAAGAGCUUACCACCUUUCUGUGUCGGGUGGAGGCCUGCCUUAAUUCGCGGCCCCUGGGGCCCAUUAGGGACACUGUUGACGACUAUGAAACAUUGACUCCGGGCCACUCCUUAAUCGGUUCCGCUCUCAACGCAAUUUCUGAGCCGUCGGUCCUGUCAAUCUCGGAAAGUCGACUGUCUCGUUGGCAAUUAAUUCGUCAGCUGACAGAAAGAUUUUGGAAGAUCUGGCAGACGGACUACGUCAAUACCUUGCAGCAAAAGAGUAAAUGGAGAAAACCACAACCGUCGAUUGACAUAGGAGCGAUGGUUCUACUUAAAAAUGAUUUCUUGCCUCCCUGCAAAUGGGAACUGGGCAGGGUCAUUCAAACUCAUGCCGGCCCUGACGGCUUAAUGCGCGUCGUCACGGUGCAAACUGCGCAUUCUGAAUCAAACGACCGCUUAACAAAUUGUGCGUACUUCCGAUCCACGAACAACCUCUGUCGGACGAAGAAUCACCGAACCUUUCAUGUCAAUAAGUUUAGCGUUACUUCUAAAUCUAGUUUAAGUCAAAAUGUAUCUCUCAAUUCUAGCUUGUCAUGUAAAUAA